GAAAGAGGGUCAGUGGGAGUGUAACUAUUGCCUAGUGAGGAAUGAUGCCUCAGCAACUGAAUGUGUUUGUUGCAAAACCCCCUGCAACACUGAUAAAAGUAAUGCAGCAUCGCAAGGUGGGUUAGCUGCCAUGUUUGGUAAAAAAGAUGGACAGUGGGAUUGUGACACUUGCCUGAUAAGAAAUAUAUGUUCAUCCAGCCAUUGUGUUUCAUGUCAGACACCAAACCCAAAUAUGAAAAACAAGGUCUCUGCUGCACCAUCAGGUUCCUCUUUUACCUUCAGUUUUGCCAGUUCUAGCAGCCAAUCUGCUGCAAAAGCCAAGUUCAAUCCAAGUGCUGCUUUUCAGCUUGGUGCAAGUAAGGAUAAGGCAUCAUCAGAAGGCAUCAAGUUUGAGUCCUCUACAAGUGAGGCUGAAAAGUCAUCAAGCAGUUCAAGUUUUUAAUUUUCAAUGCUGGCGCCUGUUGAUGGAUUUAACUUUGGGAUUGCAAAAGCUGAGGCAAAACCAUCAGACAGACAGUCUGCAUCUGACCUCAAAAAUAUUGCUGAGCUUCACAAAGAGAAAGUAAAAGAGGCAGCCCCGAGUUCCUCAGAUCAGUCUGUAGAUGCUGAUAGUCAUGAUAAUAAUCCCCUCGUUACUGGUAAGCCUAGCACCUUUAGUUUUGCUGACUUGGCAGAGUCACAAGGUAGUUUUCAGUUUGGCCAAAAGGAUCCCACUUCCAAAGGCUUUGCAGGGGCUGGCGAGAAGUUCUUUACAGGGUUUCAUUCCAGCCCUAAGGCCGACACCUCUGGUGAUCAAGAUGAUGAAAUGUACAUAACCGAGGAGAAUGAUAAUAUUCAGUUUGAGCCCAUUGUUCAGAUGCCAGAGAAGAUUGAUCUUGUGACAGGAGAAGAAGAUGAGAAAGUCUUGUAUUCACAGCGUGUCAAGCUCUUCAGAUUUCAUACAGAAACAAGCCAAUGGAAAGAAAGAGGAGUCGGCAACCUUAAACUGCUCAAGAAUAACCAAAACGGGAGACUGCGAAUUCUUAUGAGGAGAGAGCAGGUGUUGAAAGUGUGUGCUAAUCAUUGGAUCACAACCACAAUGAGCUUAAAGUCCCUGACUGGGUCAGAUCGAGCCUGGAUGUGGCUGGCCAAUGACUUCUCAGAUGGAGAUGCCAAAAUAGAACAACUUGCUGCAAAAUUCAAAACACCAGAGCUUGCCGAAGAGUUCAAGCUGAAAUUUGAGGAAUGUCAGCGACUGCUUUUGGAUAUUCCUUUGCAGACCCCUCACAAGCUCGUGAACAUUGGCAGAAUGGCCCAGCUUAUACAGAAAGCUGAAGAAAUGAAAUCUGAUCUUAAGGACCUCAAAGCAUUUUUGACGUAUCAAAACAAGGGUGACGAAAGUAGCAAUGCAGGUCACAGUACCUCUGCAGUUGUAGUCGGGCUUGACUCUGACAGCACCGUACCCACUUUAGAAUGGGAUAAUUACGAUUUGCGAGAGGAAGCACAUAAGGACUAUGCCAACUCCUCUGUGCAUGAUACCCCUUCGCAGCCAGAUCCAAUAUUCUGCUUUGGCGAAUCAACCACAGGCUUUAGUUUCAGUUUUCAGCCUAUGCUCAGUCCCUCUAAGUCUCCAUCAAAGCUUAACCAGAGUCAGGCUUUUGUUGGCACAGAUAAUCAACGAGAAGCAUUGCAGGAAGAAAAGCUAGAUGGUCCGUACUUUGUGCCUGUUGUGCCACUGCCUGAUCUUGUUGAGGUCUCAACAGGAGAGGAGAAUGAACAAGUCCUUUUCAGUCACCGGGCCAAAUUAUACCGCUAUGAUAAAGAUCUUAGUCAGUGGAAAGAAAGAGGUAUAGGAAACCUUAAAAUACUACAACACUAUGAAACAAAGCGUGUCAGACUCGUGAUGAGACGGGACCAGGUCCUCAAACUGUGUGCAAACCAUUGGAUUGCUGCAGAUAUGAAGCUUGAGCCCAUGAAUGAAGCCGAGAAAGCGUGGAUCUGGAGUGCCUUUGAUUUUGCUGAAGGGCAGGGCAAGGUGGAACAGUUAGCAAUCCGAUUUAAACUUCAGGAAACUGCAAAUGCUUUCAAAGAAGUCUUCGAAGAGGCAAAGACUGCACAGGAAAAAGACACUCUACUCACCCCAUUUUCUGCAAGAGUACCUUGCUCCACCCAAGACAUGCUUUGUGGCAAGUCUGGGGCAAAGCUUGGCAUUCAAAGCACUGUGGUCUCUCCUCCUAAGUUUGCUUUUGGAUCAGACUCUGUGCAGAAAAUCUUUGGAAGCCCUUCACCAUCAAGAGAAAAAUCUUAUAUAAAAAAUAAAAUUGUACCUCUUUGUUUAGCUCAUGGCUGUCCAACCCUGCUCCAAACACACUUGCCUGCAGUUCUCAAGUAGUCCUAAAGAUUAUGAUUAACUGGUUCAGGUGUGUUUAGCCAAGACUGGAGUUAAACACAUCUCUGAUUUAAGUUCUAGAUAUUUUUUGAGGACAUUCUUUACAUUAAUCGUCUUAUUGUGCAGUUUAUUGGUGUAUGUUGCCUCUGAAAUUUACAGCCGGUGUCAUUUAAGCCCAUAUUUCUGUCGUAUAGAAACUGAUUUUCAUUCAAUCAGUUAGUAAGAUGGAUUUAUCCUGAUCUUGGCGGCACACAGUGGUUUCUGUAUGAGAAACCAAAAGGAGAUUCAGCGAGAAGUGUUUGUUGAAUAUUCACUUUUGAGUGUUAUCAAUAAUUCUGUAUACUGCAGUAAAUAUAU